UUACUGAAGCUGCUGCCCCCGCGACCCGACCCCAGAUAAGCCGAAGAAAACGGAUGGACGGACGGACGGAGUACUGCAGGCCCAUUGGGACUGUGUGUGGGGGAGGGGCAUUGUCUGUAAGGGAGCACUUUAUGACAAUAGGGUAACGUGUAUAUUCUUGGUGUUUAACAGUAAUUUUUGUAUCGGUGGAGCCAGGGGCUGAUCCAUGGAAGUUGAUGCCCAGCUAGGGUUCUCCGUUCCAAGGGUAGAGAUGCUCCAUGUCUCCCCUAGUUUUCCGGAGGUCCAGGGGCUGCACAGCCCUCCUGCAUGCGGGAAAGGGAGCUCUUUUGCGGGGUGGAGAACCUCCAUGUUUCCCCCUGGUUCUCCAUGCAGGGAAAGAGAGCUCUGCUGCAGGGUGGAGAUGCUGCAUGUGUCCCCUGGUUCUCUGGAGGUCCACGGGCUGCUCAGCUCACCUCCAUGCGGGAAAAGGGAGCUCUGCUGCGGGGUGGAGAUACUGCAUGUAUCCCCUGGUUCUCUGGCGGUCCAUGUGCUGCUCAGCUCACCUCAAUGCGGGAAAAGGGAGCUCUUUUGCGGGGUGGAGAUGCUGCAUGGUUACCCCUGGUUCUGUGGAGGUCCAGUGUGGGCUUCCAGUUUAAGUCCAUGUCCCCCCUGGUUCUCUGGAGGUCCACGGGCUGCUCAGCUCACCUCUAUGCGGGAAAAGGGAGCUCUGCUGCGGGGUGGAGAUGCUGCAUGUAUCCCCUGGUUCUCUGGAGGUCCAUGUGCUGCUCAGCUCACCUCAAUGCGGGAAAGGGAGCUCUUUUGCGGGGUGGAGAACCUCCAUGUUUCCCCCUGGUUCUCCAUGCAGGAAAAGAGAGCUCUGCUGCGGGGUGGAGAUGCUGCAUGUGUCCCCUGGUUCUCUGGAGGUCCAUGGGCUGCUCAGCUCACCUACAUGCGGGAAAAAGGAGCUGUUUUGAGUGGUGGAGAACCUCCAUCUUUCCCCCUGGUUCUCCAUGCGGGGAAAGAGAGCUCUGUUCCUGGGUACAGAAACUCCAUGGAUGCCCCUGGUUCUGCUGGACCACCAGGGCCCAGCAGAACCAGGGGCAGAUACAUGGAAGUUGAUUUCCUGCUAGGGUGCUCUGUUCUUGGGCAGAGAAGCUCAACAGAUGCCCCUGGUUCUGCUGGUGGUCCACCAGAACCAUGUAAAUUCCACCCAUAUGUCACAUGUUGCACCCUAACCAGCUAUAAGUGCACCCAUCUGUCAUAUGUUAAAUCCCACCAUCUGUCAUACUGGGAAGUUCACCCAUCUGUCAUAUGUUAAAUCCCACCGUCUUUCAUACUGGGAAGUUCACCCAUCUGUCAUAUGUUAAAUCCCAUUGUCUGUCAUACUGGGAAGUUCACCCAUCUGUCAUUUGUUAAAUCCCACCAUUUGUUACACUGGGAAGUUCACCCAUCUGUCAAGAGUUGCACCCUAUCCGGGUGUCACUGUGUAUAUAGGGAAGUUAGCCAAUUUGUCAUGUGUUAAAUCCCACCAUCUGUCAUACUGGAAAGUUCACCCAUCUGUCACAAGUUGCACCCUAACCGGGUGUCACUGUGUAUAUAGGGAAGUUAUCCCAGUAAUCCCACCGUCUGUCAUGACACCAUCUGCUGGUGAAAAGGUGGAACUAAAACCCUAACAACCCCUUUUGUGAAAAUCGGGAGCAAUAGACCCCUUGCAUCUGACGUCACAGUCACGUGAU